CCCCGCCCGGCGAGGGGGCAGGUGAGGCCAGGGCUGGCCCAGCGCCUGCUGGCCGGGGAGCUGCCCGGAGCGCAGCCACAGCCGCGUGCUCGGGGCUGCAGGCGGCGCUAGUGGCUGGGCUCGCGGGCGGCGGGAGCGGCACGUGGCCGGGUCCCGCUGCCAGGCUCGCGGAGCCGCGGCGAAGGGGGCCGGACUGGGCGCAGCAGGGCAGCCGGAGACCCAAGGCAGCAGCGCCAUGAAGAUCACGUUAAGUGGCCUCGCCGUGUUCGUGGCGCUGGCGGGCGUGUUAAGUUUCCUCUUCCUGGCGGUGGCCGUGGGGACCGACUUCUGGUACAUCAUCGACGCCUCCAGGCUGGAGCGGGUCAACAGUUCCUCGGCGGCGCUGAGCUCGCACUCGGGGCUCUGGCGGACCUGCAGACCUAGGAGCAAAUGCUUCCCUCUGAUGAACCCUUUCUGGUACGAGAACAUAAACAUGACUGCUUCGCACAAACAACUCUUAAACAUGCAUGGGACAUUUGUAAUCCUGCUGCCUGUCAGCCUGAUCCUGAUGAUUUUUGGAGGAAUGACUGGAUUUAUCAGUAUUCUUGCCAGGGCCUACCUGCUGCUUCUAAUGACGGGAUGGCUUUUUCUUUUUGGAGGCCUUGUUACGCUCACUGGGAUCAGUGUCUACAUCGCAUACUCAGCGGCUGCCUUCAAGGAAGCUCUCUGCCUUUUGGGAAAGAACAAUCUCUUGGAGGAAGUGGACAUCAAGUUUGGCUGGUCUUUGGUGCUUGUGUGGGUCUCCUUCAUUGCAGAGGUGCUGACUGGGGCAGCGUUCCUGUUGGCUGCCCGAGUGGUAGGCCUCAAACAGAGACGGGAGCAGAGGAUCUGAAGCAGCAAUGCAGUCUAAAAAUAAUGUGGAAUCUAACAAGGUGAACUGGCUGGAUCAAUGUGAAUAAGAAGAAUGGCAAAACUGCUCCUGAGCAUACUAUGCUGCUGAGCUAGCUCUUCUCUUAACCAAUGUGCAGUGCUCACUAUGGCAACAGUUCAUUGUUAAAUGUUAAUGAGGUGGCCUUUGUGUCUUUAAAAGAAAAUAAAUUGUGUGUAUUUAGUGCUCACUAGACAAGCCCAGAGACUGAGCUGUCCCCUUUUAUUGCAGGACAGGUCUAGCACAACACAGCUUCUCCUCUUUCCUUUCCCCCAUCAACUGCCCCUGACAGAGUGCCUCAUGACUGCACAGGAGUCCUGUCUCCACAGCCCACUUAAUCCUGGGCCUCUGCUGAGACUCCUGACAAAGGUGCCAAUUAGUGCUAGCUGUGAUGGAAGCCUCUGUCCCUUAACAGCUGGCCUGAGACCAUCACUACAUUUAUUGUACAUAGGCUACUAAGCAGCCCUUAGACAUUGUGACCUUCAUGUCUACUCAUAUAUACAGUCUAUAUAGCUGAAGACUGGUUAAGAAAGAGUGAGAAAGACAAAAAACACAUGAAUAAUAAAUAUGUAUAUCCUAGCACAGUUUCACUGCACAGAAUGAGAUUCAGAUUAGUGAUCUAGAGUGCCAUGGACUUCAGAGCAUUUGAAGGGUGACCUAAACCACCCAAAUGACAAUCCAGAGUACUCAGGCUUCCAGCGUACUUGAGUGAUAUCCCAGGUACAGUAGUAGGACUUGGUCUGAAGUAUCAAUGGUAUUAACACUUUACUAAUUACAGAUUAGUAAUUAACAAUCUUUACUAAUUACAGAUUCUUUCUGUUUCCUUACAUCUCACUUCAGACAUGGGAGACCUUCAUCUCUUAUACCAUAGCUGUGAUUCUGUUUUCUAAUGACACACAUGUGCAUGUGCAUACACAAAGCUAAUGUUAGAAAUGAAACAGCCCAAGAAACCUGUAAGCCAGGUCAGGUAUUUCUAAUUGCAAGGGAGUUCCUUCAGAACAUAGCACUCACUUACAUGGUAGACGAUAUUUACCCCUCACCAUCUAUUACACAUUGCUAGUGGGAUUCUUGAGAUGCAUGAUUCUUGGGCUGUAUUAGUAGGAGCAUUGCUAGCAGAUCGAGGGAAGUGAUUAUUCCCCUCUAUUUGGCACUGGUGAGGCCACACCUGGAGUAUUGUGUCCAGUAAGGGUCCCCCCAGUACA